AUGUGUGAUGCAAGCGAUUUCGCUAUUGGGGCUGUACUUGGCCAACGAGUAGAUAAGAAGCCGGUUGUUAUUUACUACGCAAGCAAAACCCUCUCCGAUGCUCAGUUGAAUUAUACCACAACGGAGAAGGAGUUGCUUGCUGUUGUUUAUGCUUUGGAUAAAUUCCGGUCUUAUAUUUGUGGAAGCAAAGUAAUUGUUUACUCUGAUCAUAGUGCAGUCAGGUAUUUAAUGGAGAAAAAGGAUGCCAAACCGAGACUAAUUCGGUGGGUCCUACUGUUGCAAGAGUUUGAUCUCGAAAUCAGAGACAAGAAGGGGUGUGAAAAUGUAGUUGCUGACCACCUGUCACGACUACCGGUUGAAGUAGAGGAGUUCACACCCGAGAUCAAUGAGCAUUUUCCGGAUGAGUUUAUAAUGGCUGCGAGUUCCGGACCUUGGUAUGCUAACUUUGCAAAUUAUCUUGUUUCAGGUACAAUGCCGGAUGCGUGGAAUAAGCGUAGGAAACAACAAUUCCUGUCACAGGUGAAGAAUUAUAUUUGGGAUGAACCGGACUUAUUCCGAAUUGGUGCUGAUCAGAUUAUUAGAAGAUGUGUGCCCGAGACAGAGUUCUUGGAAGUAUUACAGCAUGCUCAUUCAUCUGCAUGUGGCGGUCACUUUAGCGGACAAAAGACCGGCCAUAAAGUCCUUGAAGCUGGUCUUUAUUGGCCAACCAUGUUUAAAGACGCAUUUGAGUUCGGGGUUCCUCGGGUGAUAAUUAGUGAUGGAGGAUCCCAUUUUAAAAACUUUAAUUUUGGCAAACUCUUAAAACGGUAUGGCGUUGACCAUCGAAUUGCUACACCAUAUCAUCCACAAACGAGUGGACAGGUUGAAGUGUCGAACAGGCAAAUUAAAGAAAUUUUGCAAAAGACGGUGCGAACUGAUCGUAAGGAUUGGUCAUCUAAACUGAAUGACGCUUUAUGGGCAUAUCGCACCGCUUAUAAAACUCCUAUCGGCACUACACCCUAUCGUUUGGUGUAUGGAAAGGGUUGCCAUUUACCCUUAGAGAUUGCACAUCGUGCUUUGUGGGCUGUUAAACAAGUGAAUACUGACUAUUCUGAUGCAGGUGCCCACAGGUUGUUGAAAUUGAGUGAAUUAGAGGAAUUACGCAAUGAGGCAUAUGACACCGCAGCCGCAUACAAGGACAAGAUGAAGGCGGUGCACGAUGCAAAGCUGAGGCGUUUGACGUUUUCGGUAGGUCAAAGAGUUUGGUUAUUUAACUCUCGCCUUAAACUGUUUCCAGGUAAAUUAAGGAGUAAAUGGACCGGACCAUUUGUCAUUACACGAGUCGGACAAUACGGAGAUGUGGAAAUCGAGGAUCCGAAGGAUCAACGAAGACAAGUAGUUAAUGGUCAUCGGUUGAAACCGUAUCUAGACGGUGAUGAUUUGAAUCCGUUACCCGAAGAGGUGAGCUUUCUCGAAGGCGCACCGGAAUACACGACCGACUGA